AUGAGUGCCCCACCCUUGCCUUCCACAUCUUUCACCGCUGCGAUGCCCCUCUCGCUCUCCACGUUCGCGAUUCCUCUCACCUUUACCACCAUUCUUCUCGCCAUAUCCUCUUGUCUCCUUGGCGUUGCCGUCUAUCGUCUCUACUUCUCCCCUCUCGCCGCCAUCCCUGGACCUUGGUACGCUGCUGUCUCCGACCUUUGGAUCAACAUUCAGGUCGCGAGGCUCGAGCAAUGCCGAGUUGUUCACGCCUUGUUUGAACAAUACGGCCCUGUCGUUCGCAUCGGUCCAAAUAAAGUCGCUUUCUAUGACGUCACUACCGCCAGGAGCGUGUAUGCCAUUCAUAAGUUCGACAAGAGUACCCUGUACAAGAGCCUUCUGACUAAUGAUAAUGACCAUGCUAUGACAACGCUUCCACAUAGUGAACACGCUAUUCGUCGGAAGGCUUUUGCCCCUCACUACACCCUGUCCAACUUAGAACUCUUCCAGCCUGAAGUGCAUCAUUUUACUCUCAGGCUCACCGACACCCUUGAUCGUCUUUCUGGAAAGACCUCUGUCGAGUGCCUGGAUCUGUUCCGGCACUUCUUCGUAGAUAUCAUGUCGUCCACGCUGUUCGGUUCUCGCUCGGGCUCAUUGGAUGCAUGGUCUAUGAACGUCCAAGACCCUCUUACAAAUGCCAUCCAUGACUUUCCCAUCCGUGGUAUUCUGCGAAGCGUUGUACCCACUUCCAUCUGGAAACUGUUCUGUCAUAUCCCAAAUCUUCGCUUACGCCAGAUCUGUGAUUCGGACAAGAUUAUGGCCGAGUUUGUAGGGGAGAAGCUCUACGAGGUUCGCGCGAAGUUGCACUCCGAUGAGGACUCCGACGAUACCAACACCGAGAAGGUACCUCUCAUGCAACGUCUUCUCCGUCAUCGACUUGUUUCGACCAAUGAGCUCAUGCCCGACCAUCAAAUCAUUUCGGAAUGCAUGGGACAUUUCCUAGCUGGCGUCGAUACCUCCUCGACUCUUCUUUCGUACUUGUUCUGGGAGCUCAGCCGUCGCACCGACAUCAUGGUCAAGCUCCAGGCCGAACUCGACGAUGCUAUUCCCGAUGCACAAUGUAUUCCGGACAUCUCCGUGCUCAACCAACUCCCGUAUCUUAACGCUUUCUUGAAGGAGGGUCUUCGCGUUUACGGAACUGUCCCCGCUCUCCUCGAGCGUGUUGUGCCUUCUAGGACGUCGUCUCCUGUGGCUAAGUCUGACGAAGAAUUUGACAUGAUGGGAUAUGCCCUUCCUCCUGGGACUCUUGUUGCAACUCAAGGUUGGAGUAUGCACCGCGACGCAGACAUCUUCCCCAGUCCCGACACCUUCUUACCUGAACGCUGGUUAUCGGCGGAUGGUUCUCAGGCAGAAGAUGAACGUCUGAUGAGAAUGUCGCAACACUUCAUGCCUUUUGGCCUUGGCACACGGGUAUGUGGCGGGCAAAACUUGGCUCGGAUGAUGCUCAAGAUUGUUCUUGCCUCGACUGUCCGCAACUUCAACGUCUUUGCCAACUCUGCUGAGACGAAUGAAAGAACAAUGAAGAUCAUGGAUGCAUUUGUGACGACUCCUCUUUCAAAGGAAUGUCGACUCUCCUUCCUUGCUCGUGCCCAGUAAACGUGUUCUUGGCUUACUCUGCGCCGACGUCGUCGUUUCAAAAAUAUUUUAAUCGCCCUGGACCGGCUCUAUACCUCUUCUUAGAAUCUCCCAAUUUCUCGUCACAUAAAGUACGCUUGGCAAGACCAACACCCCCCAGAGGAUAUCAACAUAUAAUUUUUCACGUAAUACGAUAAUAACGGUCUUCCUUCACCCGACCCUACAACUACCUUCCCUUCACUCAUUGACCUUGCACUCUCGACGACUUCAAACCGCUUUCGACUACUUCGCCGUGUUUUCUUGAUUAUGUUGUACACUUUCCAGCUCCUUUCAAGACUCGCAAUACGUUUGUUAUCACAAUGUUUUCGUCGUUUCAUUUCACUUGCUCUGUUCGCCUUCAAGUUGUCGAAGGCGGCCACGGUCCCUCGUCAUGUUGCAUUGACAAGAGUCUUGGUUGUUUUAAGAGAGGUUUGCUCUUGGAUUGGGUUGAGUACGAGAUUGAAGACGAAACAUAGAGAGAAUUGGAUGAUCACAGGAAACCUUAGACUAGAAUGUAUUUCUUGAUACCGACUCACGUUCUUUUUGGAUUGGUCUCUUUCUCCGUCGUAUAUUACAAUUAGCUAAUGUGUGUACAUACAUAAAUGUGAAUGACUCCCUCGGUGACCC